AUGGGUAUACCCGGACAAAGCCAGAAUGAAGAAGGAGAGUCUAGUUCCCCUGAUCAAGCCAAAGGAAAAGACAAGGGCAAAACGAAAGUGGGAGGUGAAUCCUCAGACGAAAGCCAAGAAGCGGAAGCAGAGAAGGUCAAACCAUAUCCAUACCGUGGAAUGGUAACCAGGAAAAGAGAUGCAACAAUUGACGUGGCGAGUAUGUUCAAAGAUGUGGAGGUUAAGGUGCCACUCUUGACGGCCUUGAAGAUGCCCCCGAUUAGCAAAUUCAUCAAGGAUUACUUGCCGGGGAAGGUCAAUGAGGAGGGUAGGAUGAUUACAGAUGAGAAUGUAUCCGCAGUGAUACAGCGGAGUGAUCUCCCUUCAAAGAAGACCGACCCAGGAAUGUCCACGCUCCCAAUUUCAAUCGGAGAUAUCCAGGUGGAGCACGCGAUGUGCGAUCUCUGGGCGUCGAUUAAUGUUCUGCCAUACUUGAUUUACAAGAAGCUGGGGGAGGCCAAGCUCGUUGAUAUGGAUAUAAUGAUACAGGUGGCCGACAGAUCGUGUAUUCACCCAGAAGGAAUCUUGGAAGACGUGAUCGUGAAGACGACAGAGCCAGCAGCAAGAGAGUCGAGUGGAGUACUACUAGGAAGGCCGUUCCUGUCCACGGCCAGCACCAUAAUAGACGUCUGUAAUGGGACAAUCGGCUUGGACUUCAAUGGAGAGCAGUUUACGUUCAAUGUUGAUGAAGCCAUGAAACGGCCAGCAGAUAGUGAGAACGUGUACUCAGUAGAUGUGACUGGGCCCUUAGUACAUGAAUUUUUGGAGGAAGAAUUCCUACAGAGGCAGUUCACUGAUUCCGCUGCUGAUGAAGAAGUCGAGAGGGAAGUGGCAGAGUGGUAUGCGACCAUGAAAAUCGGAGAAAUGGACGACCAAGCCAUCGCAAAAGCGAUGAUGGAUUUUUGUGAGCGCCCAAGACCAGCUGGGUCAAGUGGGAAAGCUCAUGUAUCCAGCCUAGAGAAGCGGCUUGAUCAAGGGAAGCCAUUGGAAAGAGAAGCGGCAGAAAAUCCUCUGCCUGAAGAAACACCAACACCAGCGAAGGAGUUGAAGACCCUUCCAGCACAUCUAAAGUACGCCUACUUGGGGGAGGAAGAAACAAAGCCUGUCAUCAUCAACAGUCACUUGACCCAGGGGCAGGAAAAAAGAUUGCUGGAAGUAUUGAGAAGAAAUCAGAAGGCUAUCGAGAAGUUGGCAGGGAAGCAGUACUUCAGCUUCCUGGAUGGUUAUAGUGGUUACUUCCAUAUUGCGGCGAAUCCGGAAGACCAAGAAAAGACGACGUUCACCUGCCCUUUCGGCACAUACGCUUACAGGAGGAUGCCAUUUGGCCUCUGUAAUGCCCCAGACACUUUCCAGAGAUGCAUGAUGAGCAUUUUCUCUGAUAUAUUGGAAGAUUGCAUAGAGAUUUUCAUGGACGACUUCACUGUCUAUGGGGACACAUUCGAUCAAGGGCUGCAUAGCCUGAGCAGAGUAUUGGAAAGAUGCCGCCAAAAGGACUUGGUCUUAAACUUUGAGAAAUGUCAUUUUAUGGUUACCGAUGGAAUUGUCCUAAGGCAUAUGGUGUCGAGCAGGGGAAUAGAGGUCGACCAAGCGAAGAUAGCUGUCAUUGCAAAACUCUCGUAUCCCACUAACCAAAAGGAGAUCAGAGCCUUUUUAGGCCAUGCUGGGUUUUAUAGAAGAUUUAUCAAAGAUUUCGCAAAGAUAGCCCAGCCCCUGACGAGGCUGCUCCAGAAUGAGGUGGAGUUUGAAUUCUCCGAUGACUGCAAGGCCGCGUUCCAGCUGCUGAAGGAUAGACUGAUAAGCUCUCCAAUUAUAUGCGCUCCCGACUGGAGUCACCCCUUUGAGGUGAUGUGCGACGCCAGUGACUAUGCUGUGGCGGCAGUGUUAGGUCAGAAGAUUGAAGGAAAGAGUUACGUAAUCUUCUAUGCUUCCAAAACUCUAAAUCAAGCACAGAAGAAUUACGACACGACCGAAAAGGAGAUGCUAUCGGUGGUCUAUGCCUUUGAAAAGUUCAGGCCUUAUCUGAUAGGCUCGAAGGUGAUUGUGUAUACUGACCAUGCGGCCAUUAAAUACCUACUGGCAAAGAAGGAAUCGAAGCCGCGACUUAUUAGAUGGGUCCUCAUCUUACAAGAAUUCGACUGGGAGGCGGUCGAUAAAAAUGGGAGCAAUAACAGAGUAGCAGAUCAUUUGAGCCGAAUCUUGCAAGAAGACAACGGGGAAGCCAUCUCUGACGCUUUCCCUGAAGAGCAUCUCUAUCUGAUCAAGUCAACUUCUGAACCUCAGUGGAUCAACCGGCCAGAGGGGGUUGAUCAAGCCAUCUACGGAAUGGAGGCAUUUGUCGUGGACGACAUUCCACCACUCAUGCCUAACUCUCGCCAGUGA